AUGUUUCCAGGUCGCUUUGAUACUGCAGCCCAACACAUCCUCAAACUCAUUGCGGACGAUGCCGGGACUCUGCAGGAGUCCAGCUGCGCUUCUGCGCUGCCCGAGCCCGAGCGGGUGAGCCUCCGCUGCUCCGCGGAGGGCUGUCCUUCGGCGGACCAGGUGGCAGAGGAGGUGUUGGCUUGGCAGCGCCUUGAGAUCUCGCUGCCAGGCUUCGGCUUCACGCUUGGUCGCCAUGAGAAGGUCUGCCGGGCCAGACGUGCUGCGGCUGCAGCACCAGCACCACCACCACCAGCCAUGGUAAUGCCGGCCUUCUCGGAGCUCCUUCCGAGGGUGGAUGUGGGCAAAGACAUCCAAUGGAUGUCAGGCCAGGAGAUGGCCCACAUGCUCAUAAUCACCGGAACCGAACUCAAGGCACUGCUGGAGGAGGACGAGGAGACCAGAGAACAGGUUACGACCAGCGCGUUCGUGGCCUGGCGCCCCGGUGCCAGUAAGGGUGCGCCCCUCCAAGUCGCCAUGCUGGUGGGACCCGGAGAUUCCAGUGACACGGUCCAGGUGAAAGCGGAAGCUCCCCGUUUGGGAGUGAUCGACCAGAUCAUAAACUUGGACUGCCUCGAUGAUGACUUCCUCAAUGAGAGGGGCUGGGGCCAAAGCGUGGCCAUGAUGUCCUUUUUCGACGAGGUUGCGGCCAAGCGUUGCAGAACAUUGCAGCGCUGUGCCCGUCGCCUAGCAGCACAUGGCGGCGGCUAA